AUGAAGACUACAACCAUACUAUUGGCUCUCGCCCUCGCCCUGGCCUAUGUGGGCUGCGCUCAGGCGCAAUGCUGCCGCCGAUCGAUGGUGCUCACCUAUACUGUGGGCCGAGGCAGAUGCGGCGAUGCUGGUGGUCGUGCUGGCAGAGGUGGAACCUGUUCGAUCGUCAUUUGUGCCCAUGGAAAGCGUAAAGUAGGCACCUAUUGCGGCCGUCGAUCUUGCAAUAUCUUCGGUUGCAAUUGCGGCGGUGGCUGCAUCGAAGGCCAAUGGCAGCGGAGUUUCAUUAACAACAAUAGAAACCAAAACAUUCGAAUUACAAACACUAGAUGGAUUAAUUAA